CAUCAAACUGCGUCCCGCAGCUGACCGGCGGCAUGGCCCGGUGGUGUCGGACCGCAGCGACCUUGGUGCUCGGAGCGGGACUCGGAGCUGCUGCGACCCACCUGCGGAGCGACACAGGCCGCUGCGAGGAGGAGCGGAGAGCCGGUCUGCUGAGCAGCGUCCCGGUGGUUCCGGUACCGACCGUCCAGACGGUGCAAGCUUCCGAGCUGACGGUGAGUCCCGGCAGCUCAGGAGCAGUGAUGAAGUACGGCUUCCCCUCAUUGGCCAACCUAAAGACCAGAGAGUCUUAUGUCACUUCCUACGACCCCCGAACACGCACAGCAUCAUGGGUAAUAGAGAGGCUAAGCCCCGCCUCCCUGAGUGGCACGUCAGACAGGAAGUACUGCGACUUUAAGGAGGAUGACAGCGUCCACGUCUUCCACAGGUCGACCAACGCCGACUACAGGGGGAGUGGCUUCGAUAGAGGUCACCUGGCUGCUGCAGCCAAUCACAAGUGGAGUCAGAAAGCCAUGGAGGACACGUUCUACCUGAGCAACGUGGCUCCACAGAACCCUAACCUGAACCAGAACACCUGGAACAACCUGGAGAAGCUCUGCCGCUCUCUGACAAAACGCUACCUCAACGUCUAUGUCUGCACUGGCCCGCUCUACCUGCCCAGGCAGGAGGCUGAUGGGAAACUCUACGUUCGCUAUCAGGUGAUAGGACGAAACCACGUUGCCGUGCCGACUCACUUCUUCAAGGUGUUGAUCCUGGAGCAGAUGGACGGCAAAGGGGUGGAGCUUCGCUCGUAUGUUUUACCGAAUGAGCCAAUCGACGAGAAGGUCCCUCUGGAGCGUUUCCUGGUCCCCAUAGAAACCAUCGAGCGGGCGUCAGGACUCCUGUUUGUCCCAAACAUAAUGAAGAGGACGAGCAGCCUGCAGGCUAUCACCGCCAGGUGAACUACCGGACCCACAAUCCCCUGCAGCUCAACUGGUGUUUCAGUCUGGAUGUACUCAUCAGAUUUCACUGUUCAAUGAAAGGCGAACCCAAAC